AUGCUUGAAGCAACCCCUGGUAAGCCAUGGGGUAUCGGGUUCAAGGACUUGCUGGAUGUGGAGCCAAAUAUGAAGUGGAGACGCAAGAUUGCCAAGGAGCACAUGGAGAACACCGAGUUCCCCAUCACCUUGACAACGUUUCCUCGACUAGGGUCUCCGGAUUGCAUCACCCCAUCCUUCCCAGUUUCAGGACCCAAGCUGCGCUCGCAGUUUGUUCCAGAUGAGAUUGCAAAUCCGCACAUUCGUUUCCCUACUCUAGCAGCCAACAUCCGCUCGCGAAGAGGACGGAAGGUUGAAGUCAACGUGCCUGUGUUCAAGGAUGAGAACACGACCCCACUGUCAACUAUGAUAUGCAUAACUGGGCCUGAAGACGACGAUGUACGAAACGGUGCUGCUAAGGACAACUUCAUCCACAUGGACGCUAUGGCGUUUGGUAUGGGUAGCUGCUGUCUCCAGAUCACUUUCCAGGCUAAGAACAUUGAAGAGGGAAGGAAGAUGUAUGAUCAACUGACACCUCUGGGGCCGAUUCUCUUGGCUUUGACAGCAGCGACGCCUAUUUACAAGGGAUUCCUUGCCGAUACUGAUGUGCGUUGGAACCAGAUCAGCAGAGCUGUCGAUGAUCGCACUCCAGAGGAGCUUGGAGAGAAGCCUCUGAAGGAUGACCGAUGGCGUCUUCCAAAGUCGCGAUAUGCUUCCAACUCGACGUACAUUUCUCAAGACCCGCGAUUACGACCCGAAUAUCUCGACCCUGACCUCAUUGUUGACCCAGAUCUCAAGCAGCGUCUAGUUGAGGGCGGUAUGGAUGAUCUCUUAGCUACUCACUUUGCACAUCUCUUCAUCCGUGAUCCGAUCGUUGUCUUCAACGAGGAUCUCGAAGAGCUGGACCUUACCAAGGCAGAUCACUUUGAGAACCUACAGUCGACAAACUGGCAGCACAUGCGCUUCAAGCCACCGCCACCUGGUUCCGACAUUGGCUGGCGCGUCGAGUUCCGCCCGAUGGAAAUCCAAAUCACCGAUUUCGAAAACGCAGCCUUCUCAAUCUUCAUCGUGCUCAUCACACGCGCCAUUCUCUCCUUCAACCUCAACUUCUACAUGCCCAUCACCCGGGUAUCCGAGAACAUGGAAACAGCCCACAUCCGCGACGCCGUUUCGACCCAGAAAUUCUGGUUCCGCAAGAACCCUUUUUCGUCGCACAAAUCGAGCUCGGGCACAGGGACGUCUACGCCUGCUGAGGCACCCAGCCGCCCUCCUACGCCUGUCGGUCCUGUAGAGGAUGAGUACGAACAAAUGACCAUCAAUGAAGUCAUCAACGGGCAACAAUCCGCUGAAGGCGGUUUCCCUGGCCUCAUCCCGCUGGUCGAAUCAUACCUCAACAGCAUGAAUGUCGACGUCGAGACGCGCUGCGACAUUGCCACCUACCUCGACCUGAUCCGCAAGAGGGCGAAUGGAACGUACUGGACUGCGGCGAAGUGGAUCAGGCAUUUCGUCGCCGAGCAUCCCGAGUAUAAAAAGGAUAGUGUGGUGGGCGAGGGGAUUACGUAUGAUUUGGUUCAGGCGGCAGAGCAGAUUACGAGGGAGGAGGGGAGGGAUGGGUUGGGGUGGGAGAUGUUGGGGAAGAGGUGUUGA